CAUAUAUCCACAUCCGUCAAGCGAAUCUUUCAUACUGACGCUCGUCAUCGUCUUGGUCGUUCUUCUAAGGUCUCCCGGACCGCCCAUCCCGUUCCCCGUGUCAGCUGGUAUGGCUAUCGAUAGCCUACACACAUAAGUAUGCCUCGCUCGUGUCGCGCGCUCGGUGAAGUUCCCCAUCAUGUCCUCCCAAAGCCAAGCCCUAGGCGGCCGCGUCGCUGUCGUCGGCUGCGGAAGCCGCGCGGCCAUGUUCGUGCGUGGCGUCGUCGCACGAGCGUCCAGUCAGGUGGUCGCGUUCUGCGAGCCUAACUCUAAGCGCGCGGCGUACUACAAUGAUCUUCUGACUGAACUUGGGGCACCGACGGUUUCUGUGUAUCUUCCCGAUCAGUUUGAAGAGAUGCUUUCGAAGGAGAAGGUCGAAAUAGUGGUCAUCACCUGCGUCGACGCGUUGCAUGAUUUGUACAUCGUACCAGCUCUUAAGGCAGGAGUCAAAGUGCUAACCGAGAAGCCCAUGACGACGGAUAUCGAGAAGUGCCGUCGCAUACUGCAGACGGUGAAGGACACGAACAAUCAUGUCACUGUGGCCUUCAACUACAGAUAUAAUCCUGUGCACGAGCUCGUCAAGCGUACUAUUGCAGACGGAAAGAUUGGCCAAGUCCUCUCCGUCCACUUCGAAUGGCUGCUAGACACCGUUCACGGCGCUGACUACUUUCGCCGCUGGCACCGCCAGAAGACGAACUCCGGCGGGCUCAUGGUGCACAAAUCCGGCCACCACUUCGACCUCGUCAACUGGUGGAUCAACUCCGAGCCCGAAGCCGUCGCGGGAAUGGGCAAGCUCGGGUUUUACGGCGAGGAAAAUGGCAAGCGACACGGAUGGGCGCGCGACUACGUCCGCGCACGGGGGAGCGAGGAGGCGAAGAAGGACCCCUUUGCGAUUCACCUCGAGAAGGACGAUACGCUCAAGCGUAUAUACGCGGAUGCGGAGGAAGAGGACGGGUAUCAUCGCGACCAGAAUGUCUUCGCGCCUGAUAUCGGUAUUGAGGACGACAUGGGCGUGAUGGUGCGCUACAAGUCCGGCGCAAUCAUGACUUACCACUUGACCGCAUACUCCCCAUGGGAAGGCUACCGCGUCGCCUUCAACGGUUCGCACGGCCGCCUCGAGCUCGACGUCGUCGAAUCCCAAUACCGCCUCGCUGAAGACCAAGACACCCUCGGCGGCCUCAUCCACGGCACCGAGGCCCUCCCCCGCGCAGGGGGCGCCACCGUGACCCUUCAGCGCCUCUGGGGAAGGCCCGAGCGGUUACCCAUUGAGGUUGACCACUCCGCGCACGGCGGCGGGGACACGCGAAUGCUCAACGUCCUUUUCGGGCCUCUGGAAGGCGAGGCGGCGGAUACGGGCGACGCUGCGAAGCAGGGGGCGACCGAGCGCGAUGGCGCGAUGGCGUUGGUGGUGGGGCUCCUUGCGAAUGAGAGCUUCAAGUCGGACAAGUUUAUGUAUGUGAAGGACCUGAAUCUGCCGUUGUAGGGCUUCUAUAAGUGGGUAUGUUGUACGAUGGUACAUGUGUGAAUAGAUUGUCUGCGUAGACGUGAGCAGCCCUCAUAUGCAAGUCAGCACGAACAUCAGUGAGCCGAUCAGUGUGGACUCGCUC